AUGGAAGACCUCGAGAGCAAAUGCGCAUCCCUGCGCACCAAAAUAGCGGCCACCGAAGCGCAACUCGCGAAGCUCAAGCGCGAGCUCCAAGAAGCGGAGGAUGCCCGAUCCCAGAAUGCCGCAGCCGCGGCCGCGACCGCGAAUGCAACCACCAAAGAACAGCCCCAAACGAGGUCUAGGUGGCCGUUAUCUGGGGAAGAGUACCGGCGGUAUGGGAGACAGAUGAUUGUGACGCAGCUGGGGCUGCAGGGGCAACUGAAACUCCGAAAUGCGAAGGUUUUGGUUGUUGGAGCAGGUGGGCUAGGAUGCCCGGCUGCGCUGUAUCUUGCUGGUGCUGGGGUUGGGACAAUCGGGCUUGUUGACGGCGACACCGUGGAGUCGUCGAAUUUGCAUCGCCAGGUGCUGCAUCGGAGUAAGAAUGUGGGAAAGCUCAAGGUCGACAGUGCCAUCGAGUAUCUACAAGAAUUGAAUCCGCACCCGACGUAUAUUGCGCACCGCGCACAUCUCGCACCGCAAGAAGCACCGGAUAUCUUUGGGAAUUACGACUUGAUUCUUGAUUGCACGGAUAAUCCGGCGUCGCGGUACCUUAUUUCGGAUACAGCUGUAUUACUGGGCAAACCGUUGGUUUCAGCAUCCGCUCUACGAACCGAAGGACAGCUCAUGGUGCUGAAUAACCCCCCGCGACCGGCUGGAAGCAAGACAGGAGGCCCAUGUUACCGCUGUGUCUUUCCUAGACCACCGCCGGCGAACAGUGUAACAAGCUGCGCAGAUGGUGGAAUUCUCGGACCGGUGGUUGGCACAAUGGGGUUAUUGCAGGCUUUGGAAGCGAUCAAAGUUCUCUCCUCGACCGAAGAAAAAGCCGAAGCCACGCCGCCAUCUCUCUUGAUAUUCUCGGCGUAUUCGACCCCGCAGUUCCGGGCAAUCAAGCUACGAUCCCGGCGUCCCAACUGCGCGGUAUGUUCUGCCGAAGCGACCGUGACGUUGGAAAGCGUGAGGUCGGGCUCGAUGGACUAUGUCUUCUUUUGCGGGACGGUCGAUCCGGAAGAUAGCCUUUCCCCGGAGGAGCGUGUUACUCCUUUGCAAUACCGGAAUGGUGAAAGCACUGGGCCCGGCAGGCAUGUUAUUGAUGUACGGGAAAAAGUCCAGUUCGACAUCUGCAGUCUGGAAAACAGCAUCAAUAUCCCAAUGUCGACUAUCCUUGCUUCCGCUUAUAGCGCACCGGCGAAAGAUGCCGACGGACAGAAGCCCCUGCCUUCGUGGCUACCAUCUCAGAUCACCGAUGACGCAAACAAUCCGAUCUAUGUGGUAUGUCGGCAGGGUAAUGAUUCGCAAACGGUGGUCAGAACGUUGAAGGAAUUGGGACUGCAUCGCGGAGGCGAGCGUGUCGUAGUCGAUAUCAAGGGCGGAUUUCGAUCCUGGCGGGAACAGGUCGAUCCGGAUUGGCCUGAAUAUUGA